AUGUACAUCACCCUCUACUACAUAGUCACCCGGCUCCCUGACUCCCUUUGCUUAGUCAGGGACCACUUCCUCUCAGUUUGCCCCACCACACUCACCGUUGACCUCCUCGAGGAGCGCCUCCUAGCAGCAGAGAAGAGCAUAGUUGCUGUAGGAGCCUCUCGUGGUGACCCUCGCACCCCCGUCUUUCAGGGGUGUUCCCCCUCCCCCCUCUUGCCCUCUGUUGCUUCUGCUGCUGCUGCCGACCUCGUUGGUUUCUACGGGGUCGGCGCUGCGUCUGCCCCUAGCGAGAGACGCCGCACCGGCAAGGGCAAGGGGGGCAAGGGCGCUGGAGGGGCUGGCGGGGGCGGUGGAGGUGGUGGUGGAGGCAGUGGAGGGGGUGGGGGUGGUGGUGAGAGUGGUGGCGGGGGUGGAGGCGGCGGUGGCAGCAGUGGAGGCGGAGGAGGCGGCGGUGGUGGCGGAGGGAGCGGAGGCGGCGGAGGUGGCGGAGGCGGCAGAGGUGGCGGAGGCGGCGGAGGUGGCGGCGGCGGUGGAGCUGGUCGAGGCUCUGCACAGAGGAGUGCAUCCGGUGGUGGUCCGCGCCAGCAGCAGCAGCGCAGUCGUGAGACCCUGUCCCCUCAGCAGCUUCGUGAGUGGGCGGGGGUUACCAUCUUUGAUCUUGACUAUGAUGCUAUUCUUGCUGCCAUGUAUGUUGUGUCUACUAGUGAGGAGGGUGACUGUUACCUGUGUGUUCCGCCUGACCCGGGGAUUGAGGAUGCUACUCUAGGUGCUGGUGAGGCUGCUGCUCUAGGUGCUAGUGCGUCUGCUGCCCUAGGUGCUGGUGAGUCUGCUCUCUCAGGUCUCUACCUCCCCUCGUUCUCUACGAACUUGGUGAGUGGAGCUGAUCUACAAGAUGGGGGGGUUGACCAGUUCACUCCUGUGAGUCAGCGGGUGACCCACUGUACGUGUGCUCGGACGGGCCGACACUUGGCCACGUUUACCCGUCAGCCGGGGUCGAGCCUGUACACACUGACUACUGAGUCUCCUCCGGUUGCUGUGUCUGUCGUGAUACUAGCAUAA